CCACAUUUAUACAAGACAUUCUAAGAUUAAAGGUGCUGUUGACAGUAUUCUCCAGCUGCACACAUUUCUUUUCCUAUCCUGCCAAUCAUCCCAGAUCCUGCUUCAUUCAAAACCAGUACAAGCACUUUAGCCAGUGGAUGGUGAAUCUGUAGAAUUCAUUGCCACAGACAGUUGUGGAGGCCAAGCCGCUGGUAUAUUUAAUGCAGAGGCUGAUAAGCUCUUGAUUAUUAAGGUUGUCGGAAGUUACGGGGAGAAGACAGGAGAACUGGGGUUGAGAGGGAUAAAAAAUCAGCCGUGAUGGAAUGGCAAAGCAGACUUGUUGAGACAGCUGGCUUCAUUCUCUCCUGUGUCUUAUGGUUUACUGGUCAACCGCCAACAAAACCAAUUACAAACCACAAUCUACUUCUCAUCUUUAGAGGUCUUCAGGUAGGUAUUAAACCUGCCUUUCUGUUGCUUGAAACACCUGUUCUCACUGUCCCGACCAUAUCCCUGUUACACAGCAUGAACAACAUGAAAUUCCAACAUGUAAGGAAGGAGCAUGUAUCUUUGGUGUCUAUAUUUUACUUAUAAUAUGCUCCAGCAUUUAAAUUUAUUAGGGAAGAUAUACUUGUACAUAGGUGAAGUCUUGGGGAAGCAAAGAGCAACGUUACCUUUGGCUACAAGUAAUAAGCCAAGUAGCGCCAAAGAAAUGAGAAGAUGAGGAUGCUGUAUGUUGCAGAGAGUACUUGAAAGCUGUGGUCACUGUGGUCAGUAAAUUUUUGGGUGAACUGAUAAUAUGAAAGUGGAUCUACUGAUGGAAGGGUGAUAAUUUUUGUGAACUUGAGAAGGUACUGGCAAACUACUGGAGCUCCUUUGAAGACACUCCCACAAACCUGCUGGGUUGGAUGAUGAAGAAUUGGCAAGUCAGGGUGGCAUGUGACUUGGGGGACAAUCUGCAUAUGAUGGUAUUCCCAUGUGCACGCUACACUUGCCUGAAUUGGUGGCAGAAGCCAUGAGUUUCGGAGGUGCCUGGGUGGUAAUUGCAGUGCACCUUAUAAAUGAUGCAUACUCAUAAUGCCAUGGGCUCAAACAGCACAGAAACAGGCCUUGUGGCCCACCAUGUCCGAACAGACCACUGAGUAACCAUCCAUACUGAUCUGAACCUUGGGCACAUGGUCUGUCACCUUCAAUGUAUUCAUGAUUCAUAUAUUUGUCCAGAUUCCUCUUAAAUAUUGGGAGAAGCUCAGUCCCCAGACUCUUUGUCAGAUUCUAACCAUCAUCACACAAACACUUGUUUACUCACCCUUACCAUCCACCUUCCUGUCCUGUCAGACACUUUGCUUCCUCUCAGUUGUUCUUGCUUUUCUUUCCUUGCUGAUCCAUUUGGAUUUUUGAUCAACUGUGGGCAUGAAAAUGUUAAUGGUGGGGUUCUCAGCAAUGGCCAUGCCACUGAUUGUCAAGGGAAGGUCGUUAGAGAAAGUCAUGGUCUUGUAGAUUUGUGGUGUACUUAUCACUCUACGUCCAUGCCCAAAUGUUAUCUAGGAAUGGUCUGCUUCAUUUGCAGAGGAGUUACAAAUGAUUAUUUAAUGAAUUUCAUUAGCAGGUAUUUUUCAUCCUACAUCAAUUUUGAUACAUUGUCCUAAGUGUCACACUGUUUUGCUUUUGGUUAUAUAUUACAACAAACUUUAAAACAUAUUAAACCAUUAUUUGCCUUACCCCUUUUCAUUAUUAUAUUGUGGACUAGUGAAGAGUUUUUAUAUGGUUCACACAAUAUUUUUUCAUCCUUCAUAUGCUCUUGCUUAAAUGAUGAACUACCUUUCCAUGUCACUUAAAUCACAGUUUUAUCAUUUUAUUUUUCACUUAAAGGAUAGAUGAGAGAGCUAUUUAUGUAACAUCAUGUUCUUUCCAGCUAAAUUGGUUAAGGUUUCUUCAUUGUGUAACUUGCUCACUUUCCAACAUUUUAUCCAGGAAUAUUUUGAUGGUGCAGUUGGUGUGAAAUGUGCUUUUCUAUCACACUGUCUCUGAUUUCAAGACAGCUGUUUCAGCAGCUAAAGCUGUGUUUCUCUUGAUCAUUAAGUCUAUUCAGAUGCCCAAUGCAUGUAAAACAGUCUUCAGACUGAUUAGUUUAUUCAUUACUUUAAAAAUGAAUAUGAUAGGAAAUUAAAUCUCACCAUGCAAGACUCAAGCCACUUCUAUGUUAAGCUGUUAGCCACUAUUACUUUCCCUUACUUGCAACGUUACUAGCAAUACCUCUGAAAACUAAGGAAUUGACUUCAUAUGUUAGUACCUUUGAUGUUCUGAAUUCUGGUGCAAGAUCAAAACCACAGCUGAUGAGGGAACCAACAUUGCAGAUGUUGAAAAUUCAGAUCUCAAGUAGUGGGAGGCAUGGUUAUAUAAAAUAGGCUGACUUGCUCACUGUCUUGGUGCACGUUCUGAAUCACAGCCAGCCAACCAUCCAAUCAACAAAAGCUGGUGAUUGAUGUUUUUUUUUCAAUCCAGUAAAUGAUUGUUGAAUCUUUAGGAUUGCAUAAGCUAAAGAAAAGAUUUAUUACAUUUUUAAGUCAAAACCAAAUAUAAACACAUUCUACACAAGUCAGUUUCCAUUUUUAUACACUUCUGUGGUAGCAUAAUAUAUUAAGCAAAUAUUUGUCAAGAUUACAAUUUGCAAUUAGCAACAAGCAAUAGCUGUAGCUGGCACAUCUUUCCUUUGUUAUUAACUUCAUCCCCAAUCAUGACAAAUUCACUCUGCCACCAAGUUAUUUGUAUCCAUGGAUCCAAAACAAACUCCACAUCAUCGCCUCUUUAAAAUGAAUUUAGUUGAUAGUCACACAAAGUGCUUUGAUCUUUGUACUUCCAUUAAUCUUGUUGACAAUGCACAGAAAUUGUAUUAGCCUUUUGAUCUAAGUUUAACUAUGCUUGCAUGGACUCUGAUAUAUUUCAAAUUUCAAUGAAAAUAAUUGUACAAUGUCACUGAGAAUCAACACAGACGAAAUUAUUUGCAAAUAUGGUCAAAUGGAACCAGCUUCCCUUGUGCCUCAAUAGAUUUCCAACUUAGUCUCUUCCUAGUUGGAAGAAUCAGUUAGUUAUAGUGUGGAAUGUGUGAGCGAUUCAAUUGAAUCCUGGAAGUUUAACUGUCAUGAAUAAUGCUCAACAGCUGGUCUGAUGAAGAGCAGAUCCAACAGGUCAGGCCUAUUCAGAACAUUCAAACAGUGGCCUGUGGAACAAGAAGAAAGGAUUGGACAUCACAAUAAGAUCAUUUUAAAAACAGGCCAUAUGGGAGGAUUCUCAGGGAUUUAAAUUGCUCAUAUUCUACUACAUUCUCUACACUAGAAAUUUUAUUUCAAAAGACAUUCAUAUGGAACAUAUUUAACAUGGAAUUUAUACCAAAUAUUUAUCUUUACUUUUGGCCUUUCAUCUUUAUGCUUUUUUUCAAUCAGCACACGUACAGAAGGUAGUUCUGCUGCUUUGCUCAGUGUGUGGAGUUUGUAGAUAUUCACUAUGGUUUAUUUGCUUUUCCCCUGAACCUUCCCCCCACCCCAAUCUCAAGCUGUGCUGGUUGUUUGGUUCUCUGACCACAUAAAUUAUUCCUAGUACUAGUGAGUGGUACGAGAAACAAAGGGCAAUUAAUGGGAAUCAGAGAGAAUAGGUUACAGGUAAGUAAGUGAGGGAAUGCUUGGAGAGCCAGCACAGAAUCAGUGGGUCCAAACGCCUUCCUUCAAUACAGUAAGGAAAUGUGAGAAAUACUCAAAUUGCCAAUUCACCAUCCUAAAAGUUUCUGAAAAUCUAUGCAUCAUAGUUGGCAGACUCUGCAACUGUUUUGAUAUCUACUGCAUCUUUUAUUGCCAUCCCCUGUGCCCGCACAUUUAUGUAAUGUUCUGCAAGCAUCCUUCUUGUAAACACCUAGGACCAGGGAAUCUGACUUUCAAUGUUCAUGUAGCCCAGGCUGUUACUUUCCAGAGCAGAAUAUUUGCCUUCUUAUGUUCUUCUUCUUCUGCUGGCAUCCUUUGUGCUCCCUGAUGCCUUACUGUUUCGAAAACUUGCUUAGUAUCUCCACACCAAUUUAUUGUUAACAGAGAGGGUAUGAUAUUGGCAGUACCAGAAAUCCAGUGAUCUCUUGUUCAUUUUCUGUGCAAAGCAUAGAACAUUGAUUCCUACAGCUCACUUGUAAUUGUCAGAGAAAGGUGCAAAUUUAGUGCUUUGUGACAUGGCUUCCUGGCAAGUCGUAUGUGCUUCAAUCAGGUGAUGAUGAGGAGCACUAUGUCAUUUUAAUCCUUGGAUCCUGCAGCCAGAGCUUUCUUACUGUCUUUGCUUCUAAUCUUUCUUUUUUAAAUCCAUCUAUUAUUCUGGCACAAGUAGGUGGAUGACUGAUACAAGCACAUGUCAGUCAUGUUCUAUGAAAGGAAACUCCCAUAAUUUCACCAGGAGAGAGGAUGGAGAAAACUAAGUGGUCAAUCUACCACUGGUGCUGUGGGCUGUCUUUAUUAAGAAGAAAUUAGUAAUUAGGAAGCAUUCCACUGUAAACAGGACUCCAGUAAUGCCAAAACAAUUACUGAGCUUAGGUCUCAAUAACUGACUGGAACCCCUGCUGUUCGAACAGUCAGGAACAAUUACUUAUUUUUCAGUUAAAUGUUAUGAUCCCAGCCCCCUCCUUUGUGAGAAUCGCAAGAGCACCCGUCGAAAGUGGGGGGGGGGGGGGGGGUCAGUAGACCCAGUAGGAGAGAGAGAGAGAGAGAGAGAGAGAAACAUGCCAAAUUGCAGGUCCCACCAGGGAUACAGAAUAAAGACAACAGCGACUAUUGUCAUGGAGAUCACGUGAAAAGCCCUCGGGCAAGGUGGGCUGGUCGAGAGAGAGACUGCAUCAUCCCAACCUGACUGACUCCUGCGACCCCGUGAGGAAGUAUAAAGGAGAGUCUCAGGGGGACAGCCCCUCAGACGCACCCAGAAUACACGAGAGAGUGAUCCCGCAGCAGCGGGAAGCCAUUCUGAAGGAAGCCACGUGCGUCAGAUUCCGGGAUUGGAAUCUGUGGCUGGAAUCACAGAAAACCGCUUUUAACUAACAUCGGGGAGAGGAAACCAACGCUCCCCCGAUUUCAUGGAAGAUUCAUCAAGAUUUGGCAAGUUUUUUCUCUUCUCCCCCAAUCUCUCUCUCUCGGUUGCCCCACGGAAAACCCAGCGAUUUUCAAAGGGCUGAGGCCUGCAGACUUUGAGUGACUUUUAUAUUUCCAACGGACAAUCUAUUAACCCCUAGACACCAGCAGAGCUCACUUCUUAAUGAUGAUUAUUACUAUACCCGCGCUUUAGAUUGAGUGUUGAUGAUGUGCACUAUCUGAAUGUUCGUAUUAACCCUACUUUUGUGUCCCUUUAUUAAUAAAAACAUUUGAAAAUAGUGACAUCAGACUUCAACGGACCUCUCUAUCUUUGCUGGUAAGUUAUCCAGUUACGGGAUACGUAACAGUUGGGUUUCUCGUCCGGGAUUUGACACCAAAUUGGGAGGCCAGUGAAUCGGGCUUGUAAAUCAAAAAACUUGAAUCUGGUUACGCGGGUAGCCAGACGGGAAACCAGCAAAGAUGGACGUGGGGGAAUUUAUGGAAAACCCGAUGGUAGGGGCGCUAGAGGCGGCCACAAAAUCAGACUUGUUAAAUUUAGCGAAGGGGUUGAACCUCACAGAAGUGAGGUCGUCCAUGAAAAAGCGGGAGAUACGAAGGGCCAUAACUCAGUAUUACAUUGGGAAGAAGGUGUUUGAAGCUGAGGUAUUAGGAGAUAUCCCUGAAGAGGUACCAUCAAGUGGGACGGUUCAGUUAGAGGUGGAGAAAUUGAAGUUGGAACGUGAAAUUAAGUUAAAAGAGCUGGAAGCGGCUGAGAGAGAGAGAGAGGGAAAGGCAGGAGAGAGGGAGGGAAAGGCAAAGGCAGCAUGAAAUUAACCUAAAGAAGCUAGAAGCAGAAGAGAAAGAGAGGGAAUGGGCCGAGAAAGAGAAACAGAGGCAACAUGACCAGGAAAUUGAGAAGAUGAAGAACGAACGAAGAGAUCAAGGGUUAGACCAAGCAGAGCGGUUUAAUGUUAGUAGGGAGUUGAGAUUGGUACCCCCGUUCGAGGAGACAGAUGUCGAUAGCUAUUUCUUGCUUUUUGAAAAGGUGGCAGUAAAUCAGAAGUGGCCAAAAGAGCAGUGGGUGGCGUUGUUACAAAGUGUGUUAAAGGGGAAAGCCCAACGAGCAUAUGCGGCUUUGUCCCUGGGGAAGGGAGAAGCGGAGAAUUAUGAUGAGGUAGAAAAGGUAAUUCUCCGGACUUACGAAUUGGUACCUGAGGCCUAUAGACAAAAGUUUAGAAAUUUAAGGAAAGGGUGGAAUCAAACGUAUACCGAGCUAGCCCAUGAGAAGGGGGUGCUCUUGGACCGUUGGUGCACCGCGGAAAGAGUGGACGAGGAUUAUGGGCGUCUCAGGGAGUUAUUUUUGAUUGAGGAAUUCAAAAGUUGUGUUCCAGAGGAGAUCCGGGUGUAUUUGAAUGAGAAGCCGGAUAAGUCCAUUUCAGAAUUUGCCAGGUUGGCGGACGAAUAUGCCCUAACCCACAAGACAAAGACUCCCUCGAAUAAAGGUCCCCAGAGAGACCGUGGGAACGAUCGAGAAAGUCCGACUAGUGAGGCAGAGGUCCCACCGGGAGCUAGCGGUAAGGUUGAGGGGGAAAGGCAAGACGGCCAGAGGGCUCCGGGUUUGACCUGUUUUAAUUGUGGAAAGGAGGGGCACAUUGCAUCUCGAUGCUUUGCUCCGAGGAAGGAGAUAGGAAGAGGGAAAACCACAGUCCCUAUCGGGUGUGCCGUAGUAAUCAGCAAAUCGACCAGAGAGCCGAGGGUAGACAGAGUACGAGAGGGCUCUGGGAGUUGUCUGUCACACGGAACCGUGUCUGUGACGGAGGGAGACACACCAGUUUCCGUACGAAUCUGGAGGGAUACGGGCUCUGAAUUAUCCCUGGUUAGCCGUAAGAUACUAGAAUUUGGUCGGGAAACGGGCAUGGUAAAGGUGGAAGGAAUAAAUAAACGGAUAGAAAUGGUGCCCUUAUAUAAGGUCAUUCUGGAUUGUGAGCUGGUGUAUGGAUCAGUUGAAAUAGGGGUGCCCUCAGAAUUCCCGAGAGCUGACGUGGACAUGCUGCUGGGAAACGACUUAGCAGGGGGUAAGGUUUGGUCAGCCAUGCUGCCGACCUGGCGACCGGCGAGUACGGUGGCCCCGCCCCUAGCGCCCAAGGACCAUCUCGCCGGCGCGGUCACUCGCAGCCUGUCGAGAGAGAGAGCUGUGAACGAGAGCAGUUUAAAUCUGGCCAGUUUUGAUUUGGCCGAGACGUCUUUGCCGACCCUGUGCCAUGAGGGUUUCGAGGGUGGUAAGACGAAGAGUAGUAAAGUGAAAGGGGGUAAGGGAGAGGAGAUAGAUCUGCCUUUAGCGAAGAGAAAGGUCCUAAAGGUAGGAGAUAAAGAUGAGAAACAGAUAAAGCUGUUGAAAGGUCCAGAGUUGGACAUGGAUGAUCUGUCUGGUUUGGCAGAAUUGUUUGAAGAACUUGAGAGUUCUAAAGGUGUUCCCUAUAAUGAGAGGAGGGCAGUCCUAGAUGGAAAGGAUACCCUUGCCUCGAAGGGGUCUGCUGAAAGGGCAGAGGAGGUUGUUUCAGCUCGCAGGGUUGCGCCUUCCCCGGGUGGGAGCUGCCCAGAGAGUAACUGGGAGGAUCGGGGGAAGUUAGAAUUUGAAAAAGGUACGGGUGUUGAAAGCCUGGAAGAGGCCAAUGUCCCGUUUGAGUGUGUCCGAGAUGGGGAUGCCCGAGGGGCUGAACCUAGUAACGGAGCUCAGAAGAAGUCUGACGUAUCUGACCCAGUGGAACGGGGCGGCCGUCCUUGUGGGUCAGAUGGACUCGGUUCAGUGGGAAAAGGGUUAACCUUGGUAACCGGGGAAAGUGUGAGUUCCCUGGCGUCUGUACUCGAAGGAGUGUUCAAAGUUAAUGCAGAAUUUAAGAAUGGGGGGGUGAGGAUUGUUGGCGAAGGAAACAAAAAGCCUGUAGUUUCCAAAUCGAAGGAAGAAAUCUUAAACCUGGCAGAUCGCUCACAGAGUGAGCCGGGGAAUAGCGGGGGACCCCACUCUAUUGUUAUGCCAGGAUGGGGUGUGAAAAGGCUGCCUUCGACAGGCUACUUGAGCGAAGAGUUCGAAUCAAACACCAAUAACCUGAAGGGGACUGAUAAAAGGGCCAGCCACCUGGGUAAAAUCGAAGAAUUGGGUGAAAAGGGUCUAAGUUUGGGGCAUGGUGUUGCAAAAAUAACCCCGAUGAACGAGGCUGGCGGGAGUUCACCACGAAAAAUUACUCAAGUUCCCCACGGGGGGCUCGCCGAAAAAGAAGCGACGGUUAAUGGAGAUGCCAUUGUUAGACAGCCAGGCAGGUUGAACGGGUUUGCGCCAAAGCCUGUGAAUACUAAAGACAGCCCUUUGGAGACCUGCCGGUUAAGUUAAACGACUGAAACUAUUAGUAUUCGCGUAAACUUUUGUAAAUGCACCUAAGCUAAGGUCACACCUCCUUAGUUUUGUUGCUUAUUAGGGAAAAAAAAUAAAUAGGUGGUUAUUGAAUUGAAGUCUGAUGUAGAGUUCGCCAUGUUAAGAUAUUAAAGAAAGGGACACUGUAAUCGUUAACUAUUUAGAUACUGACUUGAAUGUAUAAUGGUAGUAUUUUGUGAAAAGAAAAACUUGUGUAUUGUGUUAGAUUCAAAACUCCUGUAAGACUGUGGACCACUCCGUUUUAACCGCUGGUAAAAACGUUUUUUUUAAGAGGGAAGGUGUUAUGAUCCCAGCCCCUCCUUUGUGAGAAUCGCAAGAGCACCAGUCGAAAGGGGGGUGGGGGGUCAGUAGACUCAGUCGGAGAGAGAGAGAGACGUGCCAAAUUGCAGGUCCCACCAGGGAUACAGAAUAAAGACAACAGCAACUAUUGUCUCAUGGAGACCACGUGAAAAGCCCUCAGGCAAGGUGGGCUGGUUUUGACAGAGAUUGCAUCAUCCCAACCUGAUUGACACCUGCGACCCCGUGAGGAAGUAUAAAGGAGAGUCUCAGGGGGACAGCCCCUUCAGACGCACCCAGAAUACACGAGAGAGUGAUCCUGCAGCAGCGGGAAGCCAUUCUGAAGGAAGCCACGUGCGUCAGAUUCCGGGAUUGGAAUCUGUGGCUGGAAUCACAGAAAACCGCUUUUAACUAACAUCGGGGAGAGGAAACCAACGCUCCCCCGAUUUCAUGGAAGAUUCAUCAAGAUUUGGCAAGUUUUUUCUCUUCUCCCCCAAUCUCUCUCUCUCGGUCGCCCCACGGAAAACCCAGCAAUUUUCAAAGGGCUGAGGCCUGCAGACUUUGAGUGACUUUUAUAUUUCCAACGGACAAUCUAUUAACCCCUAGACACCAGCAGAGCUCACUUCUUAAUGAUGAUUAUUACUAUACCCGCACUUUAGAUUGAGUGUUGACGAUGUGCACUAUCUGAAUGUUUGUAUUAACCCUACUUUUGUGUCCCUUUAUCAAUAAAAUGUUUGAAAAUAGUGACAUCAGACUUCAACGGACCUCUCUAUCUUUGCUGGUAAGUUCUCCAGUUACGGGAUACGUAACAUAAAUAAUAGGGGUUCUGAGCUACUAAGUGUACCUGCCUGCCUCUGUAUGCUGGAAAUUUUAUACUGGUUCUGUUAAUUAUAUUUUCCAAUACUUUGGAAAGAAUAUACAAUAGAUGCACCCUUGAAAUUUCAUUUCAUAAGCAGAACCUUUAGAAAUUAUUUACAAAACAUAAUUUUCUUUUACAAUCUGGCUUAUGAACCUGGUUGGGCAGGGUCCACCUCCGUCAUCUGUUAGCAUAAUAAUCCUAUUUACAAUCCAGUUGGUAUGCCGAUGGUCUUUUAAUGUAGUGUAAUCAUCAGAUGCUGUAAUGCCAGUUGAUUUCCUUCACUCAUCAUCACCUGUAUUUCCUCUUUCCUAUCUGAGCUGACUGCCAAGUGAAGGUGGGAAAAUUGUUCUUUGGUGAAAUCCUUAUUUUUAGUUUUGAGUAAAAUCCCACUUCUUCACAAUACACAUUCAACCUCAGUUCUGUAAGCCAUUCUCCAGCCCUUUAUCUCUUUCACCUAAAGGUUUUGCAGCUCUUAACUUCACCCCUCCCCCUUUUCCAGUUUCACCUAUCACCUUGCACUUCUUCCACCUUCUUACUCUGAUUUCUCAGCUCUUUUUCCAGUCCUGCUGAAGGGUCUCAGCCCAAAACAUUGACUGUUUACUGUUUUCCAUAGAUGCUGCCUGGUCUGCUGAGUUCCUCCAAUAUUUUGUGUAUAUUGCCUUGGAUUUCCAGCAUCAACAGAUUGUCUUGUCUUCCGCAAAUCAGAUUUUGCUAGAGUUCUAGCCAUUAUUAUUAUAGUAACAUAGAAGCUGGCAAGUAUGAAAGGAGGGAAGUUAAUUUGCUAUUUCCAUAGUCCUGCAUAAAUUAAUUGAUAAUGUCCUGAUAUAUCCCAAACCGAUAAUACUUUUGCUCUUAGAAGCAUCAAGGAUCUGUGUUUACUUAUGGCUACUUUUAUUCUUCGAGAAUGUAUUGUAGUCAUAGAACAAUAUAGCAUUUGAACAAGCCAGAAUUAGAAUUCAGGUUUAUUAUUACCGUAUUAUAUGAUGUGAUUAUAUCAUUGUCUUAUGUGAGUUGUGCAUUUUGUCCUGACUUGUCCAUGCUAAGGUGCCCCCUAAGCAAAUCCCAUUUGCUUAUAUUUGGUCCAUAUCCUCUAAAAUUUUCCUAACCAUGUAUAAAGCAAAUGUCUUUUAAAUGUUGUCAAUAUACUGUCAAAUAGAGAGAGUACAGAGGAGAUUUACUAGAAUGUUACCUGGGUUUCAGCACCUAAGUUACAGAGAAAGGUUGAGUAAGUUAGGUCUUUAUUCUUUGGAAUAAAUUUAUUCUCCUUUUUUAUCAAUAAAAACGUUUGAAAAUAGUGACAUCAGACUUCAACGGACCUCUCUAUCUUUGCUGGUAAAGGAACAUAUAAUCUUGAUGCUUUAAAUGAGGCAGCUUGGAGAAGCUCCCAAGACCAGCUGGUGCCUUGUGACGUCUGUGGGCGUACUUUCCUCCCAGACAGAUUGAUUGUCCACCAGCGUUCGUG